CGCGCGUUUCCACAGUCAUCCGCAUGAACGAGCCUGCAUCCAUCGCUGGUGAUACUCGCCCCUCUCCUCUCUCCUGCUUGUGCCAAAACAAAAAGAAGGACAUCAACGCACGGGGACAAGAUGUCAGGAAUGAACCAGCUGGUUGCUACAUUCUGGACAUUUCUACUGCUCGCUGCGUUCCUUUGUGAGCCCACUCUGUCCAAGGGCGGUCGUGGAGGGUCCCGGGGCUCCUCCCGGGGCUCCUCCCGAGGCUCCCCGUCCCGCAGCUCCACAGCAGGAGGUUACCGGGCAGGAGGCGCCUAUGGUGGGACCCGCUCUCGCUUCAGGGUGGGGGGGCGAAGCUCUCCGGUGAAGGUGGCAAGUGCGGCAGCAGCAGGGGCUGCCGUGGCAUUGACUGCGGACAAAUGGUACGCCUCUGCCUUCCGCCGCAGCAACACCGACAGCUCAGAUGAUGACCUGGAUUACUUCAACAGGACCAAUUACUUUUAUGCACAAAUGUCCAGCUCUACUCAAAAUGGAUCUUCACUCUCUCAGCUGGUUUCUAUCAUUAUAGCAACGUUUUCCCCCAAAUAUGGGCUGUUACUGGACAGUAUACUGUAGAUGUUCAGGUGAUCUUUUAAAGAUAACUUCCCGAUUCAGUUUAGGACUAAGCCUCUGUUCUGGAUCUGACUAUAAUGUGCAGGACUGACUGGAACCUGCACUGGGAAGACCAGUGAGAGUCACAACCCAGUGGUGAAAGGACACCAUGAUCCCAAAAGAAACAAAACCCAUCAUUGUACUGUAUGUUUUGACACAUAUGAUCCUCUAUAUCAAUGGACAAAUGUAUAUAACCAACACAGAAUUAUUCAUUGUGACAUUUCACCAGUCAAACAGUGCACCUUUGUCAAAAAAAAAAUGUCUGUGAGACGAGGGCCAAACUUAAAAAUAAUUAUAUUUCAAUCCUGAUCCCUGGACUGAAUUAAAGAAAAGUUUUUCAGUAAUAUCACUAGACUACUGGUCACCAGUUUUAACUCUACUGCCAAAUGUAUCUGAAAUAAAUCUUUAUUUUCUUAAACUAAAUAGAAAAUAGCAAAGUGAGUGACUACGAUCGCUGCUUUUUCACCAGUAUUUAAACUGGACCCUUUGUUUUUAGAAUGGAAAAUAAGUAUAUUUCCAAACUUGUGAAUUCACCGGCAACAUUUUAUUUUACUGCAUCACUUCUGCAAAAUCUCUCUUGUCCAAAUGAUUUACAGUGGCAGACACUAAAGUGGCUGUAAAGACGAUUCUCCACAAUAAUAUAGAGUACUGUAUACAGGGAAAGCUAAAGAGCAUUUAGCCUCAAUCACCUGAAAUCAAUGUGUGAUUCACACCCUUUUGUACUGUAAUUCUGAAAUCAUUCCUCUAACCUGUGUGUGAUCCAAUUCAUGCUCGCAGCAACACUUGAGAACAAACUGCUGCUCUCACUGUUACGUCUCUGGACGAUUUUCAGAGCCUGUCCAUCAUCCAAGAAGAACUUUUUACCUGCAGUACAAACUCAGGAGCAACAGACUGUUCCGUAUCUAUAAGUGCACUAUAUUAUAUGCUACUACACUUAGGUACAUCGUAAAAAUGAAUUUGUUAUCAAUGUCUUUAUGCUAAUAAAUAUCCAGUUUAUACCAUG